CCUUCGUGGCAAAAAAAGUAGUGAGGGGAAAAAAAACAACAAAUGUAGCUUUGAAGAUGUUGAGUCCUGCAAACGGAGACCAGAUACACGUUGUGAACUAUGUGGAGGACUAUUUGGAUUCAAUCGAGUCUCUGCCUUUUGAUCUACAGAGAAACGUCUCUCUGAUGAGGGAAAUCGAUGCAAAAUAUCAAGAGAUCCUGAAGGAGCUGGAUGAAUAUUACGAAAAGCACAAGAAGGAAACGGAUGCAGUGCAGCGCAGGCGGAUCCUCCAUUACAUUCAGCGAGCUCUGAUCCGAAGUCAGGAGCUGGGCGACGAGAAAAUUCAAAUCGUCAAUCAGAUGGUAGAGCUGGUGGAAAACAGGACCCGGCAGGUAGACAGUCACGUCGAGCUUUUCGAAAACUGCACAGAAAACAACGACAACAGCAAAUCUUCCUUGGAUAAGUCUAGGAACGACGGGACAACACAGGCAGAGAAACCAAGCACCAAGAGGUCUAGAAGACAGAGAAACAAUGAGAAUCGAGAAAAUGCAUCCAGCAAUCACGAUCACGACGACAGCACAGUAGGUACACCAAAGGAGAAGAAAGCUAAAACCUCAAAGAAAAAGAAACGGUCUAAAGCUAAGGCAGAACGAGAAGCUUCUCCUGCAGAUCUACCUAUUGAUCCCAAUGAGCCCACUUACUGCCUGUGCAACCAAGUCUCUUAUGGAGAAAUGAUAGGCUGUGACAACGACGAGUGUCCUAUCGAAUGGUUUCACUUCUCUUGUGUGGGUCUCAACCACAAACCCAAGGGCAAAUGGUACUGUCCUAAAUGCAGAGGAGAAAACGAGAAAACCAUGGACAAAGCUCUGGAGAAAUCUAAAAAGGAGAGGGCUUACACCAGGUAGUUCCAACAGUGUCCUUUCUUUAUCUGUACAGCCACACAAAUUAAUGUAUAUUUAUUAAAAGUUCACCUGAAGAUGCAAGGACGGUUAAAUUGUAUUUUAAGCAGUGAGCAAGCCAUUCCUUCGGAAGACCAGACUUUUUUUUGCAAGUAAACAAACGAUGACAAAAAGCCUUCGUUUUUAGUAGCUGCCCAGUGCAUGAAGACUUUUUUCUAUUUUCUUGAAAAAUACAGAAGUUGUAAAUUAUAAAAAAAACUCA